AUGUCGAGCCUGUUACUCCGUCACGCUGGCAGAGCUUGCAAGUGGAAAUUUCCUCAAAACAGAAUCUUCACCAACCGGGAGCGUUUCACACAAACUGCUUCCUUCUACAGGAUGGCUUCACCACCAAAGUCGGUUCCCGUCGAGGGCCGCAACGACGGCAAAGAAGACGCCUGGAAUAGGCUUAGAGCAGAAUCUAACAAGCAAAAUGGCAACAAGAAGGGAGGAAAACAACAUCAGCAUCAACCACAACGCUUCAACAAGAAGCGAAAAGAGCCGUCCCCAGUGCCAGAGGGUGUGGCCCAGUUCAACCUUUCAAAAAGGGACAGAGCAAAGCUCAGGCGGAAAGGCUUACUUACCGUGGUCGAGGGCACCCAUGAUGAUGUCCUAGCACAUGACCUCAAGGACUUGAUGGCCAGGUUAACACUGGGUGACGUCGCCAGAGAGAAUGAACAGGCAGCGCCCGGCGUAGAGACAGUUUCGGAGGGUCAACAUGCCGAGGGUACCAAGGCACCUGCGCUUCCAGAGCCUGGCACCGAGAUUGAAGUCAGGGUUUUGGAGCUGUCGUCAACCGGUGAUGGCCUGGCUGUCCAGGAAGGCUCGAACCAGAUAUAUGUGCUGUCAUUUGUAGUACCGGGCGACGUUGCUAAGGUCAAGGUUUUCCGGCACGAAAAGACACACAGCGUGGUCGACCUCGUGUCGAUUGUGAAGCCUUCACCGGAACGCGACGACAAGAGGAUCAGCUGCCCCCAUUUCUCGCGCUGCGCCGGAUGCCAGUUUCAGCCCAUGUCUUAUGAGGAUCAACUCGCGCACAAACGCAAAGUUGUUGAGAAGGCCUUCAAAAACUUCUCAGACCUGCCCCCUGAGCUCAUCCCAGCCGCCGGGGAGACUAUAGGUAGCCCUCUUCAGUACGGCUACCGCACCAAGCUCACGCCUCAUUUCUCCAUGCCGCCGGGUGCCAGGAGAAAACGAGGCCCGCCAGUUCGACACCAAGAAGUUCCACCCAUUGGCUUCAUGCUGAAGGGUAGGAAGACUGUGCUUGAUAUUGAGGACUGCCCUAUCGGCACCGAGGUGGUCAACAAAGGCAUGAAGCGAGAGCGCGCGAUUGUAGCUUCCAAAUUCGACACCUACUCCAACGGCGCAACGCUUCUACUGCGCGAGAGCACUGAGAGGUUCUACAAGAAAGACGCUGCCCAGAAGCCAAUCCCAACAUCAAUUCGUGAUGACCAGGUCAGGGUUGAGACAGAGGAUUACGUCGAUAUCAAGACAUGUGUCAGCGAAGGCAGCCAGUUGGCAACCGAGUAUGUCGACGACUUUGUCUUCAAGAACAAGGCCUCCUCAUUUUUCCAAAACAACAACUCGAUUCUACCCUCUCUCACCAGUUAUGUCCGUGAGAACGCCAUUUCAUACGACAAAAAGGAUGGAAAGCCCUCCAUUACCAAUUUCAUCGACGCUUACUGCGGUUCUGGCCUGUUUUCCAUUACGUGCGCUCCUUUAUUCAUGUCCGGGGAGGUCAACGGCCGCAUCAUCGGCAUCGACAUUGAUGGUAGGGCUAUUGAAAGAGCAGGCCUGAACGCUAAGCUGAACAAUUAUCCCGACGGCAAAUGCGAGUUUAUUGAAGCCGAUGCGCCGAAGCUGUUCGAGAAACUCGACGGCUUCAACCCGGACGAGACGGCCGUCGUUAUUGACCCUCCACGAAAGGGCUGCGACGUAUCGUUCCUGACCCAGCUGCUUGCCUUCAAGCCGCAGCGCCUGGUCUACGUCAGCUGCAAUGUACAUACUCAGGCUAGGGAUGUUGGCAUCCUGGUCCGCGGCUAUAUCGAUGGCCAACCGGCUCCUGUUGAUGGUGCUCGGUACAAGAUCGAAAGCGUUCGUGGCUUCGAUCUAUUUCCCCAGACAAGCCAUGUUGAGGGCGUAGCGGUGCUGACCAGAGUGGACGACGAUGUUGACGCCCCAAUGUCUACGUAA